AUGCCACCCAAAGUCGGAUCCAAAGGCGCCAAGAAAGCAGUCACCAAGGCCAAGACACCGAGGAGCACAGACAAGAAAAGGAGGAAGAGGAGGAGGGAAUCUUAUGCCAUUUACAUCUACAAAGUCCUAAAGCAGGUGCACCCUGACACUGGUGUUUCCAGCAAGGCCAUGAGCAUAAUGAACUCCUUCGUCAACGAUAUCUUUGAGAGAAUCGCUGCCGAAGCCUCUCGUUUGGCCCACUACAACAAGCGAUCUACAAUCACAAGCAGAGAGGUCCAGACUGCUGUCCGUCUCCUUCUGCCCGGUGAACUGGCCAAGCACGCCGUAUCUGAGGGCACCAAAGCCGUCACCAAGUACACCAGCAGCAAAUAA